UUGAAACAUUAUUUACACAAAUAUUUUAUAUGAGUGAUUUUCGAAUUUUCGUUCAUCAUUUGUUUUCUAUUUGUCAAAAUUUAUUGUAAGCGUAGUAUGUCAGAGCUGGAAGUUGUGUUGCUUAUGUUGAUCAUGACGCUGCUGCUGCGGACGCAGAGCGUGCAGCUGCAACAGGAGUCGCCGGAGCAGAUGCCGACGCCGACGACGACGCCGACGCCGACGGCGGGCCAGAAUACGAGCUCCACCCCAGUCCCCAACAAGCAGAAUUUGCCGCAGCGCUGUCAAUAUUUGCAAGAGAAUCAGGAGCUGUUGCAUUUGAAGUGCCACGGACGCUAUCCACUGGUGGCGUAUACGAAAUUUCGCGACACAUUCAUGAAGCAGGACGAUAAGAUGGCGUUGUAUAUGACAACGGACAAGGCGACCAUAAUGGUGGCACUCAAGGAGUCCGAGCUGCACGACUGCAAGAGCAUCCAAGUGCUGCAGGCGAAUGAGUUCUAUUGCUUCGACGAGGAGGGCGGCAAGCAGGAGAUCAAACUGGAGUCGGCCGCAAUUUAUUGCUUUCCAUUUCAUAUUCAGGUGACGGACGAUUUGAUGCACGAGUGCAUGAUCGAGCGCACGGGCACAGUGGAUGAGGAUCUGGAGCGGGAAACGGUGUCCACCAAACGUGGCAUUAUCCAUUAUGCAUUCCGCACGGGCGCGGCAUUGCGUGCGGCAAGCAGCAGCAGCAGCUUAAUGUUGUUCUUGCUGCUGCUGCUGCUGCUUUGUUGUGGCUCUGACCAAAAUUAGCAAUCGUUAAGUUUUAUGUGCAAUAUGCGCAUAAAGAUUCAUCAGCCCGAGCAACAACAAUGCGCUAAAUGCUGCAAGCUAAGCUGCGCUGUUGUUAUUUUCUUUCUUUCAUUUAAGCGCGU